UGAAGGGCCAUAAACCUUCUUCUUGCACAACUAUUUGCUCCAUAUAAAAGGCGGUCCCGUGCCUGCUACACAGUCAGUCUUGAUCUUCACACAGCUUAUAUAACGAGGAGCAGAGCGAGACUAAGUGGGCCACGAUGGGAAAACACAAUCCAGGACGGCUUGCUGCAGUAGUCGUGUCUUUCGCUGCAUUUGUAGUAAGCUUAUUGCUCAAUGGGCUGGCUGUAGUUGGAAUUAGUCCCUUCCAUACCACCCAAGCCAAUGUGUCUGCUUUGUUUGACACCCAGCUCACGCCUUCAGGGUGGACAUUCUUCAUCUGGACCGUCAUCUACAUCUGGCUGAUCCUCAUGAUGAUCUACAUUGUUGCGGGUCUUUUCAGAAAGAAUGGAUAUGGAUAUGUUUACUGCACCCCUGCAGUACUGCCUUAUGGAUUCUUUAUUAGCUGGUGUCUCAAUAUGUGUUUCAAUAUUGGUUGGCUGUUGGUUUGGGACAGAAGACUGAUGAUUCCCGCACUGGUGUUUCUCAUCCUCAUCAUCUGCACAAACUACUCCAUGAUAUGCUUCAUCUGCCACGGGAUUCAUGUUUAUGGAGCUUGGCUCAACAAAUACCACAAAACAGACCUGUGGCUCCUCCGGGUGUUGGUCCAAAAUGGUGUCAUGAUAUACACGACUUGGACAACUGUUGCAACACUGCUCAACCUGACCAUUGUCCUGGCUUAUGAAGCACAGAUGUCCCAAGAAGAUGCUGCCACCGUCUCAUACUCUCUUUUGGCUGUUUUGUUGCUUGGGUGGUUUGUUCUGGAGAAUUUUGUCCUCGACAAGCAUGUGCGGUACAUCUGCAUAAUUUACCCCGUUGUGAUCUGGGCGAUGUCUGGAAACCUUGACAAAAAUUAUGAUGCUGUAUCACCCAGUCGUAAUGGCAUCUUCAUUGCUGUGCUGCUGGCGGUUGCCUGUGUGCUGUUUGUGAUUCGGCUUAUUUUGGUGGUUUGGAGACACAUCAAACAGCCGCUGUACGAAGGUGUCGACCCUGAAGCCACGGAACCGAUGGAGAUCGCUGAGAAGCAGAAAAAGAUAUUUCGCUGA